CUUGCAACAUAAGAUACCCCGAUGUUGAAUGCCAUAUAAAACCCCCCCAUCAAAUUCAGAUCCCUUCACCACACCAUUCAUUUCAUACUUGGGAGACGUACGAAUACCUUUUUAGAGAUAUUGAGAUUUCUCCCACCUCGAAAUAUCUCUCUGAGGCCCAGAGAGAAAAAUAAAACAUCAAAAAGAUGAAAAGAUUCCAAAAUAAAAUAAUUGGUGGAUUGUUGAAGACUGGGGUCGUCCUUGCAUUGCCUCUUGGCCACGAGUUGUGCUUAACGGGAAUCGAAAGCUCCAACCUUGACGUCCCGAAAGCGAUUUGAGAACUCACUUGCUUUAAGAAUCCGAUCGUAUGGGUGUCAGCUUAGUACCUCAAAUUCAGCUUGUGGAAGAAAGAUUUUCUGGGUUUUUCACCGGCAUUCUGAUUCCAGCUUGAAUAUUUCCUGCAAUGUUAUCCUCAUUUUCUUAGUUAAUAUUAUUGGAGGGAUUAUUAGUGAAGAUCAAGCUUCUGAGCAAUGGUGGGUCCUUGUGCAACAACAUUGAGCAAUGGUGAAGCGGCCAAUCAUAGCCUUCAAAUUAUUAGAUACCAGCCCUUUACCAAACUCUCAUCGCCUUGGUUUGAUUUGAGAGUCUUCUACGUGAGGAUAAGCCAUUUACAUGUUGACGACUCAACCCCUGACUUUUUCACUCUGAAUCAUAUUCCUCUGAGCCCUGACACCCAUUUGGAAGUCAAUGGUACUAGAAGUAGCAGUUACUCUGAUGGAGUCCCUUCUCUUCUUAGAAGGGAUCGAGUAGAUAGGAAAUCAGAAGAAGCCACGUUUGUGGGCACAGAUAGUAUAAGGUUGACCGGAAGUGUGAAAUUUGAGGUUUUUGAUAAAGAAGAUCUCAUUCUCUCUGGAGUUUUGGAGAUGUCUAAUAGCGAUGGUUCUAUGGGGGAAUCAAAAAGCAGUACCAAGCAGUGGAACAUGAAUUGUAAACCAGCUAUCACUGCCGGUACCAGAUUCUUAAAGGGGAAACAACUUGGUGGCCCUGAAUUUCCGACACCAACAAUUGAGGUUUAUGUCGCAGGUUGCUUCUCUGGAACACCCAUCAUCUUAACCGAGACUUUACAGCUUAGUUUUCGAAAGAAACACAACAGGAAAGGCAUGUUGGAUGCAAUUCCUGAACAUGAGGCUGCUGAAUCCCAGAAAAAUGUGUCCCCUGAAGAUCUGCAGAUGGCAGAAUACAGAAACUACAAACCAGAAAAUGAAGAUUACUACAGUAGUAACCCGUAUUGGAGAACGGAGUACAUAGAUGGUGAAGAUGGUGAACUGUCCUGGUUCAAUGCAGGUGUGAGAGUUGGUGUUGGGAUUGGGCUUGGCGUUUGCCUUGGAGUUGGUGUAGGAGUCGGGUUGCUAGUUCGUACUUACCAAUCGACUACGCGUAACUUCAAAAGGAGGCUCAUCUGAUCCCCUCCCCCUCACCUUUCCCCUCAAAAUCCAAAAUGCAGCUAACUUUGUCAUUUCACCAAUGUGCAGGUCUGUUUGAUAUGCAUUUUUCAUUGCAGCUUUUGACAAAGUAUUCCUGUGUAGCUAGCUAAAGGACGGUGUUGAUUUUGCCUCCAUAAAAGUUUAGUGAAAAGUUUGUUUAGAAGGGUAUGACAGAUAACUAGUUCCUGAGAAUCGGAAGAAUGACUGUUUGUUGUGUGGUUCACAAGGCUAUACAUACUGAAGCUUAUGUGACUUUUGUACCCUGUAAAUAAAUUUCUUUGGCAUGGACA